UCUGUCUAAUCGCUGGCGCACCCCAAACAAGUAUAACUAUAUAGUCGGGCAGCUGGGCGAUCGUUGGAUCAGUUAGCUACAAAAUAUGAAGCCGGUCACGUUCGUACUCUGCCUGCUAGUGCUGGGCGCCCACAUGCUGCUGGUGUUCGCGGUGGAUUGCGAGAUCAGUGGUCAUAAGUUCAAGACCGGAGAGAAGUACACUCCGGAAGGUCGCUGCCUGCAGUACUCCUGCGUGGGACCCAAGAAAGUGACCGCUUUGGGAUGUCCUGUGAUUGCCACCUUAAAGCCCUGCAAAAUGGAAGAGGACCUGAGCAAGCCCUAUCCCGGCUGCUGUCCCAAAUUCAACUGCUAGCAACGCCUCCAACUCGAACUGCAAAUGUGAAGAGAACUAUGAAAACUGAAUUUAUAAUAUAGAACUUUGAAGUACAUACCUUAAAUGUGCUAUGCAUACUGAA